AUGAAUUUCACCAACGCCGAGCUCUUGAAAGCUCGUGAGAGGAGGAUGGCCCGUUUUUCUCCAAAGUUCAACAACGAGGGCGAUGGGAAAAAGCGGGGCGGUGCUGAGAACCAAGCUGAGGGCGCCCAAGCCCCCAAAAGGAGGAAAUUGGUUAAAGCCUCCUCUGUCGCCGGCUCCUCCAACCCCGGCGCUCAGCCCACUACUGCCGCUGCGUCCAAAGGCAAAAAAGUUGUUAAAUCCACCGUUGCCACGGCCACCGAGUCUACCACCGUCCCGGCUCCCAAUUCCUCUACCGCGGACGCGGCCAUCGCAGCCGCCGCCAAGUCCACUGCUGUAGGCGCCACAGCCACAACAACCUCUGUUGACCCGCCACCAGCUUCUGACGCAACCACCGACAUUUCUCAACCCUCAGCUGUCGAGAAACUUGUCGCCGUCAAUGCUACCAAAGCCGCCGCGUCGUCCGAUGCUCCUGCUGGGGAGAAAGAAAAAGAAAAUGAAACCCCCAGGUCCCCCCUUCGCCAAGACGCCCCUCCUAGCCCGCCCCCAACAGACGACGGGCGCUCCACGUCUUUCCCGCCUCGCCGCGAGGAGAGACCUUCUCCUGAUGCCGCCGCUACCUUUGAAGCGACCCAGAUUGAGCAAGCUCCUGCUGGCAGCUGA